AGAAAAUGUUCAAUUCAUACAUCCUUGAAAGAAACAGACAGAAAGAAAAUGAAAAGCAGAGGUAUACUUUAGACCUCAGAAAGACCCAGAAACGAAACUAUCUAGCUAAUCGUUACAGAGGAAGAGUUCUUGAUUUUAUGAAUAAAAUGGCUAAGAAGACGAAAUUCGUUAAUGAAAGUGCCCAUGAACUCUCCAGAUCAGUCUAUACAAGUGUCAAUAUCCGGAAAUAGAAGGUCAAGUCAAGUUUCCAAAAGUGUUGAUUACAAUGACUUUAUCACUGAGCCAGGUGACAGCAAUGCUUUCAACCUCAGGCCAAGAGAGAAAACAAAGGAAAUUGCAGGCGAUUUUAAUAAGAAUUUUAGUGGGAAAUAACUCACUACAAAGAGUGUACGAUAUCGCUAGAGAAAACUCAAUGAAAGCUAAUUUUGAAAAUUUUCUUGAAAAGGAUUCAUCAAAAAUUAAAUCAGGAAGAGAGAUUCUUCCUGAGUUACAUGAUAAAACUCAUUUUAAAGGAGCUUCAACACUACUAACCUAUGACAAUGAGAUUAAUGAUAUUAAGAGUAAUGCCAUGUUGAUAUCAAAAUUUGAAUCAGUGAAGAAGUCAAUCUCAGGAUCUCCCUUUUACAAAGCUAAUUCGAGAAGUAUUGACCAGAGAAGAGACAAACUUAGCUGAUAUAAUUCUCAUAAUAAUGACUCAAAUCAUAAUAACAAAUCUAAAGUUAACUUAAUUGUUAAAGUGGCUGGAAGGAAUUUAAAAGAUGAAAAUUUUGGAAAUACCAAAUCACAGCCAAAAGGAUUAAAUCUUAAUAUAUCUCAAUCCAACAUCUCUGAUUACGGGUUUCAGUGAGGAGGGAUUACUUCUCCAAAUACUUUAAAAAGAAAGAAGCCUACUUUACCAAGAGCUAAUUUUCACCAAAAAGCAAUAAAGAAAUUUUCAAGUGAGAUAUUUAACCGAAAUAAGCAGCAAAGUAGAGCUAGCAUUUCAAGGAAGUUACAAGACUCAACUAUCGGAGAUCAUGAUGAUUCAGUAUCUCUUGAUAUACCCUUAAUUACAAAGCAGGUUCUUUCCCAGUGAGGAAUCGUUAAAUGAAUGCCUUAACUUUCCACAGACCAAUAUAAAAU